CGACGUACUGGCAUCCAGCCAUCCCGACCCUGGACCGUGGACCGUCGUCGUCGCCCCCAUCUUCCCGCCUCCAACUACUCAAUUUCUCCAUUCCUGCUCCUGCAAAGCCAACGGCGGUUUGCAGCUCGAGGCCGAGUUCGACCAAGUGCUGGUCGUGCUCAGCCUUUCCUCGACCCAGCCCCCACCUCCUUCCUCCUACUCGUCGCCAUCAUGUCCAGCCGCAAACUCGGUGGUGGGCGCAUCCUGGGCAGCGGCAAAGGGCUGGCUCCCCCGACGCCUCCGAGUGCGCCGCGCGUUGGCAGCCCGCUUGCGCCAUCUGAGAGCACCGUGUCCAUGGCGUCGUCGUCGCUAUCGCCGCCUCCUAGCGCUGGGCUGCCGCCGCUGGGCCAGGACAUUGGCGUCAGCAUCACCGUCGGCGUCCCGGGCAAGGGUGGCCCGGUCGACUCCGCGGGGCUCGUGUGUCCCAUCUGCAAUGAAGAGAUGAUGACGCUCCUCCAACUCAACCGACACAUCGACGACAACCACCAGGAACUCGCCGUCGAGGAACAGGACGAGGUCAAGACCUGGUUCGACAAGCAGGUCCUCAAGGCCAAGCGCUUCCAGCCCCUCUCGCUCAUCAACCAAAAACUGCGAGGACUCGACGUCUUCGAGUCCAACGAAUCCAUCCCCAUUCUGCCGCCUCCCUCGACCGCCGCUGGCAAACUGCCACUCGAAGUCCCCAUCGACCCCGAGGAACUCAUCACCCGCCAUCACUGGCAGAGAUCCACCAACUACGACUUCUGUACCGACCCAACGUGCGGACGAGGCCUCGGCCCCCUAAACGGAAGCAUCAAUUGCCGAAAGUGCGGCAGGUUGUUUUGCGGAGAGCACACCAUGUACCAGAUGAAGCUGAGCAGGAGCGCGAAUCACGAACCUGUGAGGGGCUAUUGGGCGAGAGUCUGCGAGACUUGUUACAAAUCAAGAGAGGGCUACAACGAUCACAACGGAGUCCUCAUCGACCACUCAAACACGUUCGCCCAGGCGAGGAGGAAAAAGGUGGAGCGACAGAACCUGGAAAUAUCGAGGCUGGAGAAGCGCUUGACGAAGCUGACGAGGCUCUUGGCGAACCCACCCGAGAAACUCACGCAGUCCAAUUCGUCGUUAUUAGCACCCGUCACCUCUUUGUCGGGCCAAAAGAACCCCCGGAAGCUGAUUGAACAGUCCGUCGUCACUUGGGAGGAGGAUUCGACCGUAUCCAAGUGCCCGUUUUGCCAACAGGACUUUGGCUCUUGGACCUUUAGGAGACAUCAUUGUCGGAUCUGCGGCCGGGUCGUCUGCGCGGACCUGCAAACCUCUUGUUCCUCCGAAAUUGGAUUGAAUAUUGCAGCAUCAAAUCCAGCAACCGAGAAACCCCCCACGGCGGCGACCCCCGGCCAGAUGAGCAUAGACAUCAGGAUGUGCAGGGACUGCAAGCACACCAUCUUCUCCUCAAGAGACUUUACAGCGUCUCUCCAGCAUAAACCCCCGGACCAACGUGCAUACGAGACGCUACGCCAGUUCGAGCGUGGCAUUCGACAGCUUCUCCCGUCGUUCCACCGCACCCUCCUCGCCCUGCAGCCGGAGAAGCAAGAGAGUGGCGAGGUUGAUCUCGACAGACCGCCGCCGACGCACGCCCAGAUCCAGGAGGCGGCCAAGAUUCGCAAGAGACUCGUCGACAGCUUCGCCAAGUACGGCGCCGCUGCAAAGCGCCUCCGCGACCUUCGAGCCGAUCAUCAAACCCAGAAGCGCCUGCAGAUGGCCAUCUACACUUACGCCAGCGGCUUCCUCCAUACAAACAUGUUGCCGCUCAAGAGCCUCCCGCAGCUCCUCCGCUCACGGUCCUCGGCCUCGUCGGCCCUCUCCACGCCGACCGCGUCCCGCCUCCUCGCCUCCAACACGCACUCGGCGUCUAGCCUGCGCCACUCCGAGCUCGUGUCCGAAUCCGAGACGGCCUCACAGGCGCCCAGCGAGGGCAGCACCGUCGUCAGCCAGCUCGAGACGGAGGAGAAGGAGCUCCGCGAGCGCCUCGUCGUCCUCGAGGAGCAGCGCUUCAUGGUCCACGACAUGGUCAAGUCGGCCCACGGCGCCCGCCGCUUCGAGGAGGUCAGCGCCCUCUCGCGCAACGUCGACGAACUGGACGUCGAGAUCCAAAUGCUCAAGGGCAAGAUUGGCGGUGUCGAAGAGCGCUGGGAGGACGUGUACCGGAACGGUGUGGUCUGAGAUGCGCUUCAAUUGGUUGCAUGGAGAAGCGAUACAGGGGAUUGACGGAUAGGGAGGUGAAUCGAGUAUA